GGGCGGAUGAUUGAACUUGUCUUUGUGUGGAUGUAGAAGAAUAAGACCGUCUAUUGCCGCUAAUCCCGUCUCCUCUUCAGGGCGCUUACAGGAGGUAACCGCGAUCCAAGAUGUCUGAUGAAGAAGUAGUCGAGGUGGAACAGGAGGAAGAGGCAGAAACGCUGCAAGAGGAAGAAGACGCUGCGCCUGAAGUGGACGAAGCUCCUGCUGAAGAAACCGCAGAAGACGAUGAAUCCAAACCCAAACCAAAGUCGUUCGCUCCAGCGAUGACUGUGCCGAAGAUUCCUGAGGGAGAUAAAGUCGACUUUGAUGACAUCAACAGGAAGCGUCACGAGAAGGAUCUGUCUGAGCUGCAAGCUCUGAUCGAGGCCCACUUCGUUCAGAGAAAGAAGGACGAGGAGGAGCUCAUCGCUCUCGUUAACAGGAUUGAGAAGCGUCGUGCUGAGAGGGCCGAACAGCAGAGGAUCCGAGCCGAGCAGGAGAAGGAGAGGCAGGCUCGUCUCGCUGAAGAAAAGGAGAGGAGGGAGCUGGAGGAGGCGCGUAAGAAGCUGGACGAGGACGCCAAGAAGAAGAAGGCUCUCACAAACAUGACUCAGCAGUAUUGUGGCGUCCAGCAGAGGCAAGACGGAAAGCGAGGCGCCAAGAAGCAGACGGAGAGAGAGAAGAAAAAGAAGAUCCUGGCGGAGAGAAAGAAACCUCUCAACAUCGACCAUCUCGCCGAGGACAAAGUCAAGGAGAAGGCCAACGAGCUGUGGCAGUGGCUGAUGACACUGGAGGCUGAGAAGUUUGACCUCAGCGAGAGACUGAAGAGACAGAAAUAUGAUAUCAAUCUGCUCCAGGUUCGCGUUCAGGACCACCAGAGGUAAGCGGUAGCCAUCUCUG